AGCCCUGGGUAUCCUUUUCAAUUUCCUCUUUUCUGGGCUUUAAAUCCCUUAUAAAUACCCUUUCUGAAAGCAGACAAAACGGGCUUCACUUCACCUGGCCUCCUGGCUUUGCCUUUCUGCAGUGCUCUGUGUCAGGUUUGGGCAGGGAACCAUGAGGCUCUGUAUCUUCUUCGUGUUGCUCUCCAUUGUUCUAUAUGCAAGUGCUGACAACCCAUUCUCCAGGGGUUUCAAGUUUAUGAAGGAUGCAGCUGGAGGCACACAGGAUAUGUGGAGAGCAUACCGGGACAUGCGUGACGCAAACUACAUUGGUGCUGACAAGUAUUUCCACGCUCGUGGCAAUUACGAUGCUGCCCGGCGAGGACCCGGUGGUGCUUGGGCAGCCAAAGCGAUCAGCGAUGCCCGGGAGCUCUGGCAGAGCGGUAUAAGCGGCAGAGGCGCGGAGGACACCCGGCUCGACCAAGAGGCCAACGAAUGGGGCAGAAGAGGCGGUGAUCCCAACCGCUACAGGCCCGCAGGCCUUCCCAAGAAAUACUGAACUUGCUCCGUUCCCCUGUUCCCCCUCCCUUGUGCAGACCAAUAAAGAAGCUGCUGCGUUUCCAGGA